GUAUGAUGUGACAUUUAUUGUUUGGCCAAUAACAUACUAAAUACUUUCCUUUUUUGUCAGUAAUUAAUGUAUUUUUCUACGCACCGCAAUAAUAAAUUAUAAAAUGAAUUAUUUAAGGGAUAACGGGAGUCUUGGGUUAACCACAGAACAAACUGAAAAAGUUCUUCAAUUGCAAGACCUAACUGGAAUUGAGGACAUCACUAUAUGCAGAGAUGUUUUACAAAGGCACCAAUGGAACUUAGAAGUUGCAGUUCAAGAACAAUUAAAUAUUAGAGAAGGAAGACCUAGCAUAUAUGCCACUGAAACAAGACCUCCUGCAGUUGUUAGUGAUCAUUUAGGACAACAUGUCUUUUAUACACCACCUACAGAUGGUUCUGGGAGCGGAUUUAGAGGACUUUUUAAGACUGUAUUUAAUUUCAUGUUUAAUAUGUGCUACAACACACUGAUCACAUUGCUUCAACUUGGCCGUAGAUUACUCCGUAUACAAGAUACACGCAGGCCAAAUUACCUACAAGAUGUGAUGGAUUUUAUUAGAGUUUAUGAAGAAAAGUAUCCUAGAAUCCAUCCUGUAUUUUAUCAAGGAACCUUCUCACAAGUAUUAAAUGAUACUAAAAGAGAAUUAAGGUUUUUGUUAGUGUAUUUACAUGAUUCCAAAGCACCAGACACAGAUAAAUUCUGUAAUAGGACAUUAGCUGAUCAAGAAAUAAUUCGAUAUGUGAAUCAAAACUUUUUAUUUUGGGGCUGUUCUGCAUAUUCUGAUGAGGGUACAAAAACUGCUGCAGCUGUCAGAGCAAGUUCUUAUCCAUUUUUGGCCGUUUUAGUUCUUAAGGAUAACAAGAUGACUAUUGUUGGUAGGCUAGAAGGAUUUACUGAUGCAAUACUGUUAAAACAGAGACUGACGAACAUUGUUAGUGAGUACGAGAUUAAUUUACUAAGUGCGAGAGCUGAUAGACUAGAAGCAAGUAUUAACAGAUCACUGAGGUUUCAACAAGAUGAAGCUUUUCAGGAAAGUUUAAGAGCUGAUCAAGAAAAAGAAAGGAGGCGUGAGCAAGAAAGAAGGGCCAAACAGGAGGAGCUUCGUAAAUUAGAGGAGGAAAAACUCGCCGAGCAAGCGCGCAGAGAAAGUUUGGCACAAGAAAAAAUUGAUUCCUUACAAAGAGUUCCGCCAGAGCCAGAAGCUAGCCAUCCUGAUGCUGUGCAUGUAGUUUUUAAAUUGCCUUGUGGUAGUAGACUUGAGAGACGAUUUCUCAAAACACAUUCCUUAGAGUCGGUGUUUUACUUCGUAUUUUGCCAUCCAAAUGCGCCAGAUGCGUUUGAAAUAACCACCAAUUUUCCAAAACGAGUGUUGAAUUGUCGUCAAGAAAGCCAAGAUGUUAUAUUAACGCUGGAACAGGCAGGUUUAAAAAAUAGAGAAGUUCUAUUCAUAAACGACCUAGAUGCUUAACUUUUUUUCAAAAUCAAGAAGCCUAAGAACUACAACAAUCGAAACUGUUGGUUACCUUGAACAGAUUUCUGCACAUUCGUUUAUAUUAUUUUUACAGAAGAUAUGUGCGUGUACCCAGCCAUAUUUUAGUGAUAUAUUUCUUUUGUGGCGUACCUUUCAUCAAGUGCUUUCUUUCACCUCUCCAGUAAUGUAUUAAGCAAAAAAUUAUAAUAAAUGUUUUCAAUAGAUGUAUAAUUGUCAGGUAUUACCAACAAGAGAGAUUUCUAUUCACAAAACAUACUUUCAUGAAAAAAUUCGGGAUUAUGGGUUUUUGGAAAUAUUAAAGGGUCAAUUUAAAAGUAUAUGGCAAUUUCUUAACAAACACUUAUGUUAAAUGGUCAAGUUAAAGAAAAAAUUUUAAAUAUAUUCCAUAAUUUUGAUAUCAACUUUUUUAUAAUGAGUUCAGUAAAUUGAAAUAUUUUAAUUACUAUUUAACUGGGAAUAAGCCACA